CUCUCUCUCAUUUCCCUCUCAUUCAACAAGAAUGGCCUUUCGAUUCAAGAAUCAAAACCCUAAAUCAUCUUCUAUAUACUCUAGUAGCCCUUUCAACCAAAUCGAAACCCCUCCUUUACUUUCAUUACUCCAACGUACCACAAAUCAUUCGACAACAACAACAACAACGACGACGACUAAUCCUUCUAACACCAACCCUAAAAAAUCAAGAAAAUCAUCUACUAGUACAAGUGGUGGCAUUCUUAAAAUGUUCAAACUCCUUCCUAUGUUAACAACCGGUUGCAAAAUGGUUGCAUUACUAGGUGGACGUCCAAGAAACAAACCAAUGUUAACAGAUAAAGCUACAACAAUUACAUUAUUUGGUUACAAAAAAGGUAGAGUAAGUCUAGCAAUCCAAGAAGAUCCUCAUAGACUUCCCAUUUUCGUGAUCGAGCUACCGAUGCUUACCGGGGUUUUUCAUAAGGAAAUGGGAUCAGAUAUAGUAAGAUUGGCAUUAGAAAGUGAAACUAAGACACAUAAAAAGAAAGUGUUAGAGGAAUUUGUAUGGGGUGUUUAUUGUAAUGGAAGAAAAUUUGGUUAUUCAAUAAGAAGGAAUAAUAAAAAUAUGAGUGAUGAUGAAGCUCAUGUUAUGCAAUUAUUAAGAGGUGUUUCAAUGGGUGCUGGAGUUUUACCUUGUCCAAUAUUAGUACAUGAUAGUAAUAAUAAUAAUAAUAAUGUUGAUGGAGAAAUAACUUAUAUGAGGGCAAGAUUUGAUAGGGUUGUUGGAUCAAAAGAUUCAGAAACAUUUUAUAUGAUUAAUCCUGAUGGUGCAUCUAGUCAAGAAUUGAGUAUUUUCUUUGUAAGACUUCAUUGAUCAAGACGUCUCGAGUUUGAGUAC